GUAAACCAGGUGGGCGGGGUAGCCUGUGCAGUCUUGCCCUCUCCUGGUCUCAAGGCGCGAGGAGCACAGGGACUUAAACUUAGCGCCCCGGGACUCUAACGAGGCUCUCUGGGCAUCUGUAACCCUUUGAGUCUGCAGGUACAGGGAGCAGUUGUCCCUAAUUCAUCGCGGGAAUAGUGUCAAACUUUGUCGGUGUGUGGGUGGGAGGCAGCGGGACCACUGCCGGUCCUCCCGCAUCCCGGCAGGGUUAGCUGUGGACAGCGCGCUCUUCUGUUGCGACCCGUCGCCAGACACUCUGGGAAUGGAGCAGUCACAGUGUGGCAGCAGAGACCAAAGUGUUAGCGGCCGACCCCACCUGGCCCCGGGGUUGGUGGCAGGGGCCCCUCCACCCCUGUCUUCGGCGUUACCGGUACCCCCGGGCAUACCGGUUCCUUCAACUUUCCUGCGACCGCCCAGCCUCUUUCUGCGGACAGCCGCCACCGCGGGAAGUGGUGGCUGCCCGCCGGCUGCCAGUCUGGAGAGGGGACUUGGCGCCGUGGGCUGUGGCUACCCACGGACACCCAAGUGCGCUCGUUGUCGGAACCAUGGAGUCGUGUCGGCCCUCAAGGGCCACAAGCGCUUCUGCCGCUGGCGGGACUGCGCGUGUGCCAAGUGCACACUGAUCGCUGAGCGCCAGCGCGUCAUGGCCGCCCAGGUGGCGCUGCGCAGGCAGCAGGCCCAGGAGGAGAGCGAGGCCCGGGGGCUGCAGAGGCUCCUGUACUCCGGACCGUCGGGCCCCGGGGGUCGGACACCCGGAGGAAGCAGCAGAACAGAGAAUCCCCAGACCGCGACCGGCCCUGCGGCGGUGACUGCUCUGGGACUGCAUGCCUUGAGACAUGCUAGUGGUCUGGCGACCCCUGCUUUCGAAAGUUUCCAGCCAGAUUAUACGGAGGAAAAACAAGUACAAAAGGAGAGUAAAUGUGACUCAUGCCAGAGUGGACAAGAAGAACCAGUCUCCAAAUCCUAUCACCUUACCCUGGAAUCAUCUCCUAAGUCUAAUGAUGUCAUUGGAAAACAAAAUGUCAGGUCAUCUCUUUCAGAAAACUCAAACAAGGACGAUCAGCCUCCUCAUCCUGGGGAGCAUUCAGGAGGUGAAGAGAGUCCCAGGUCUCUGUCAUCCUCUGAUCUGGAAUCAGGAAAUGAAAGUGAGUGGGCCAGAGACUUCACCGCUACCAGAGCCAGCCUUCCCACUGUGUCCUCGAGACCAAGAGACCCUCUUGAUAUCCUUACCAAGAUUUUCCCAAGUUACAGACGCAGCUGGCUAGAAGUCAUUUUACAGUUCUGCAAAGGGGAUGUGGUCCAAGCCAUUGAAGAGGUCUUAAAUGGGAAAGAACACAAACCAGACACCAGGGAGCUAGCAAGCUCAGGAGAAUUAGAAAAUACAGCUUUUCAGAGAGCUUCAAACUUUGGUGUAGCUGGAAUUGGUUUUGGAACUCUAGGAAAUAGAUCGGCUUUCUCUCCCAUUAACACUACUAGUGCUUCUUAUGGAGGUGAUUCAAGUCUCUACACCUUAAAUCCUAGACUAGGUAUCAGUCCAUUACGGCUGGCAUAUUCGACCCCAGGAAGGGGGCUAUCUGGUUUCAUGUCUCCCUACCUAACUCCUGGGUUGGUACCAGCAUUGCCUUUUCGGCCAGCUUUGGAUUAUGCCUUUUCAGAGAUGAUUAGGGAUUCUUCUUACCUUCCCAGCAAAGAUUCAGUAACUGGUGGCAGACUGUAUUCCAGACCAAAUCAGGAUAGUCUGUAAUACAUCUGCCUAUCUCCCUUUCUGGAGUAUUUUUAGAAGCAUACAGUACCAGCCCUCACACCCACAUCUAUUGUAUUCACUGUGUAUGUGCAUGGUUACCAGGCCUUAAAAAUGCUACUUUUUUUUUACAAGCAAUAAUUAUAGAUAUGAGAUCUAAAGACUCUUCUUUAGCAUUUAUUAAGUGAAAGAAACAUUUAAAUGUUAUAUGUGCCUUGAAUAAAGCCAGUUCAGGAAAUAUUUUUACUUUAAACUAAUGAAUUUUCUUCCCAAUAUAUCAGUUGUAAAAUUCAUAUUUUAAAACUAUACUUUUAAAAAUUUCAUUAAAAAUGGGUUUAUAACUAUAAAAUACAGUUUUUGAGUGUAAAGUAAUCCAGUGUUCUAUGAAAUGAACCAAAAGAAAGAAUUGAAGAAUUGAGGUAUUCUAAAUAAUUAUAUUAAACUUUUUCUUUUCUUCUGUUUCUUGUACACAGGAGAGAAAAAUACUUACUCAAAGUAUUUUAAAAUAUUUUAUUUGCAUAUAAGUGAUAAGUAGUAAAACUUUUGAGAUAUUAAUUCCUUAUUUUUUCUGAAUGUCUAUUUUUCAUUCAUAUCUGCCAUUUAUGAUAACAGGUACCAUUAAUAAAGCAUGUUUCUUUAAAGUAAACAUUGCAAAUUACACAAAGGCCUAUGAAGUAAAUCUUAGGAAAUGAAAAUGCACCAUCUCCUGGCCACUAUCACUAAUUGCAACUAAGUUCUGGUAGAGUAUAGGAAUUAGAAAUGAAUGAUUUCCUAAUAAUAUAAGCUAACCAUUUUUAAAAAUAGUUAUUUUGGAUCAUGCUAAAUUGAAUUUUCAUAUUAUAAAGUGAACAUCUAUUGUGGAUGAGUGUUUUAAUCUUUAAGUAUGCUUAUACCUGCAUCUGGGGAAGCAUUCCUUUACAUGUUUGUGGCAAGAAUAUGGCAGCUAAUUUCAAAGAUAAAAAUAAUUUUUUUCAGGAAAGUUAAAUAUCUGCUCAUAUAAAUAUCAGUUGGCACUAGAUAGUUGAUGCUUAAUGCAUUAAGGAGAGAGAUAAGAUUUGCAAAUGGGAAAGUUGUCAUUAGAUUAUAGAGGUUUUCUUGAGAUUUAAAAAAUAUUUUUGCUCUCCAUCUAGAGAAUUUGAAAGCUGUUUCAGUCAGUGGAAAGUCUCUGGGAAAACUGCUUACAAAACAAUUUUAUGAAGUUUUCUUUAUAUAUCAUUUAGUUUUUACAGGAAAGUAGCUUUAAUGCUAUUGUUAGGAAGAUAUGGUGUGAAAUAGUUGAUGAAUUAGAGAUGGUGUAAACAAUUUGAGCAGCAUGAUUUACCAAAGAUUUCUUAAAUUAUAUGUAUGUGUGUUUAUGUAUGCAUAUCUACCUAUCUAUUUAUUAUACACUCAAGCCCUAUUGGUUCUGUUAUCAUGAAAUCUUUUCCAUGAAGCCAAGUAAGAAUGUAUUUCUAAAGUAUAUUUUUACCAGCAAAUACCAUUUUAGAUAACUGCAUAGUAUGUGAUGCUGGUUUAAGAUGUAAAUAUAUUUAAUAGAGUAUACAUUAUUUUUAAUGGUUUGAAUGUGAGAAAGCAGAGUAAAGAUUUCAUGUAAUCAUAUUCAUUAUAAAAAAAAGUUUUUGAUUCUAAGUCUAAACCAUGGUACAAUGCCUGGCAAGUAGUUGAUAUUCAAUUAAUGUAUACUGAAUGAAGGAACCAUUAUGGAUAAUAGAUCUCCUUGAGACUCUGAUAAAACCAAGGAUCUGUAUAAAAUGGCCUACAGACACACAGUUUUGCAUACAAUUUCAUGGAGUUCUUGAAUCUCCUGAAUGCCAUUUGCCAUUCAGGUUAGAAUCCUUGUUGGUUCUUAAGGUGUUUCCAUUGCAUUAAUUCACUUAUUGAAUGCUUUUUUUUUAAAAGUGCUAGAUCCUAUAGAGGAUACUAAAUGUAAAAUGUUGUGCUAUCAAGGAGGUAACAUACAGUAGAUAUCUGCGUUAAAAAUACAACUGCUAGGCUUGCUAGAUUCUUUAUGUGGUUUAUAUAAUAAUGUGCUUGUAUCCAUCUGAGAGACUGAAUUGCUUUUUGAACUGAGGUGAACGUCCAUUUGGGGCAGUACUCAAAUUAAAAAAAAGAUUUCAUAACUUUAAACCUUAAGUUAAUUUGUAUAAUGCUUUAUACAUUUCAUACCCUAUAGUAAGUUUAGAACUUAAAUAAUCUUAUAGAAGAAGUCAUUUAUUCCAACCACUAAAUUGAAUGUGAGGAAAUUGUGGCUCGGCAGUAGUGUUUAUUGUUCAUUCCUAAGGUUAAAAUAAUAGUGUCAAUCAUUGGGAGUGAAAUGUUUGUCCACUCACAGCUUAGUAUAGUAUCUGGUACAUAAAAAGUUGCUCAAGUAAUAGUUUUACACUGAUUGUAUUAAAUGAACGAUAACAAAAUACUAGCUUAGAAAUUCAUUUAUUCAACAAUUACUUAUUAAGCACCUGCUUUGUGCCAGGCACUGUGCUAGACACAGGGGAGAAAGAAGUGAACAAAAACUGCCCUCAGGCUACUCAGUCUGUUACUAUAUGUACAAAAAUAAUCAACCUAGCAAUGAUGGUACUAUUUGACAAUUUUGGUACAUCAGUGAGUUCUGUGUAAUCCUGAGGUUUAUGCUGAUGGAUGCUGCUUCAGACCUGAAGGGGUAAGAAGGAAGAGGGAGAACGUCUGUUUCUAUGUAGUAUGUUUAGGGAAGUUCAUUCCAUUUGUCUGAAAGGUAAACAACUUACAGGUCUUUGGUGAAAGAAGUGGGCAAAGAGGAAGCUUUUGCUCACUUGAAUGGAGUCUUGUGUGGAAGUCACCCUAGCUUCCUGGUGGUCUCUGAAUCAGAGUCAUUGUCCAGUCCCCAAUCCUAGGGUUGGUCUUUUAGAAUUCCUCUGAUUCAGUGCAUAGGUCUCCUGGUUUAAGCUCUCAUCUAGCUUUUCUGUGAAACUAGGUUGGAGUUGAGAGGACAGUUGAAGAACAUGUGAGUCAAAUAAUCUACUAUUUUUCUUUGCAACUUCUGCUGAAACAAAAAGAUUCUGGGAAUUUUAAGACCUCCUCUUCUAGAGAUUCCUAACUGUGAACUUGGGACUAAGAAUAUUAUGAAGUUACUUAUCCAGUCAGCUCUUUAUUUUUUUAAUGCAUUUUUCUUAGAACUGGUUUCUGUUUGAAAUAAAAAAGACUUCAGAAUACAAGAGAAGCUUGGAAUAAAGCACCUUGUUACGCUUGGGAGAAUGAUUCUGUUGACAGUGGUAUAUAAAAUGAGAUAAAGUGUAUCAUCAGCUUUAUAAAGGCAAAGCUUUCCUCAGGGAAGCCUGAUUCUUAAUUAUAGAUGCUCAUUCUUUAGGUCAAGGGUAGUGGGAAAAGUUCUUGUUCAGAUCCGUUUCUUCCACCCACCCCCUCUUCUCCAAAUAAUCCUGUUAUUGAUGCCUGCAUUGCAAAGCUAGACCCUUA